UUUUUUUACGUUAACGGAUACAUCUAAAACAGAAUCGGACCUCUGGCUCAGCCGCCUCUGGACAAACGAUUAGCUCGAAAAAGCUUAAAAGAUUAGAGAAGCCAUGCUAUGGGCUUUCUCCGUUGACAACAUGAAAUGAUGGCUUAAUGUAGGCAUUGCCACUAUUUAGUUCAAAUCGGCUUUCGAUGGGAUCGAUUCAGGUAGCAAAGGCAAAUGGGUUGCACGCCUGUAAUAUUGGAAAUUCACGUGCUGAUCCACUCAUAAUUUCAAAUAGAAAGAAGAAGAGCUUUGCCUCUUGUGAGGUUCGCAUUAAAUCUGCCGAAACAUCAUCGGUUGAGGCAAUGACUGUCAAGCGCGCUGUUCGUUUCAAACCUUGCAUUGACAUACACAAGGGGAAAGUUAAACAAAUUGUUGGAUCAACAUUACAUGAUUUAAAUGGAGAAAGCUCAACAUUGAUUACUAAUUUCGAGUCUGAGAUGUCAUCUGCUGAAUUCGCUAAGUUGUACAAAAGUGAUGGAUUAUUGGGUGGUCAUGUCAUAAUGCUCGGUGCUGAUUCUGAAAGCAUAUCUGCAGCUCUUGAAGCUUUGUGUGCAUAUCCUGGUGGUCUGCAAGUCGGGGGUGGUAUUAGUGGAGAUAAUGCUCGCAUGUAUCUUGAAGCAGGAGCAAGUCAUGUGAUUGUUACCUCAUAUGUCUUUAAUAAUGGCAAGGUGGAUAUGGAGAGGCUUAGGGAUUUGGUGCUACUGAUUGGAAAAUCAAGGUUGGUUUUGGAUCUGAGUUGUAGAAAAAAGGAUGGAAAGUAUACUAUUGUGACAGAUAGAUGGCAGAAUUUCAGUGACGUAGUGCUAGAUGAGGAGACAUUGGAUACCCUUUCAUCAUAUGCUGAUGAAUUUUUGGUACAUGGAGUUGAUGUUGAAGGAAAAAGGUUAGGAAUUGAUGAAGAACUUGUAGGCCUUCUUGGCAGGUUGUCUCCUAUACCAGUUACAUAUGCUGGUGGGGCAACUAGUAUUGAAGACCUGGAUCGCAUCAGAGUAGCAGGUGCUGGGUGUGUUGAUGUCACUGUGGGUAGUGCCCUUGAUAUAUUUGGUGGGAGCUUGCCUUAUAAGGAAGUUGUUUCAUGGCAUGAGAAACAGAAGAUUGGAUUAGAAGUCUAAGCUGUUUCUAAGAACUUUUGCUUCUGUUGAGACUUGCUAGUAGUUGAAUGCUUUAACUUAUUGUCAAACUGAAGUCCUAAUAAUUUGGAAGUUCAGAAAAUCUUGCAGGAUUAGAAUACGAAAUUUUAUCAUUCAUAAGGAUUUGUAACAUAUUCUCACUUAAACUAAUGUGUAGUUUAUUUGCAUUCA